AUGAAGUUGCACAAGGCUCUGCGUUUGUUUCUUGGCGAAUUCAAACUUCUAGGAGAAGCUCAGAUAGUAGAUAAAACGAUGGAGUUGUUCGCCGCUCAUUACUGUAAACAGAAUCCGGAUCAAUUUUAUUCCGCGGAAUCGGCAUUUAUUCUUUCUUACUCCAUUUGUAUGCUCAAUACCGACGCACAUAGUCCUCAUAUCAAGAACAAAAUGACCAAAGAGGGAUUUAUCAAAAAUAACAGAGGUAUCGAUGGGGGACGAGAUCUUGACGCCUCGCUUCUUGGUGAGAUUUAUGAGAGUGUUACACAAAGAGAGAUCGUUUUGCGGCCAACAAAGUCUUUCCGUAAAGGUUCAUCUUUGGAAAUGAAUCCAAGCAGUAGGUCAGAAAAUGUUGACACAGUGGCAUAUUCUGUAGAUGGAAAGCGGUUAGAGGGCAGCAUCUUGGAGUCAAUCCCGAUUCUCUGCCGCUUUAGCCCCAUAGCAACUGCCAUUACGGACAAUAUUCUGCUACCCAUAGAUACUUUCGGUAGUAAUAUAUUCGGUGUAGCACAGCGCAAACGGAAGGAGAUGUACCAAAAGGAACUCCGCCAGGCUCUCAGAGACGUCAUAGAAGGGCUACAGUCCUCAAAAAAUCUACCGAACUCGGUUUACGUGUCGGCUACCUCUAUUGAAAAUGCGUUUCCAAUGUGGGAAAUAUCCGUUGAACUCAUUUGUGAUCAGCUUAUUAAUUCUUUGAUGCAGUUACUUGAGGACUCUGAGCGUCAAACAUAUUUGACAAAUGGCUCUGCAAACCGUUCACACUCUAAAACUAUUGAGACACCCAUGAGAAGCACAGCGGACCACGAAUUUUUCGAAAUUCUUCUUCGAGGUGUUACCAACACAGUGAAUGUGUGUUGCUCCUUUGGAAAUGUAAAACAAUUGGAAAUGUUACUUGAGCAAUGUUUCCAGAUGACACAGUUGCAGCAAACAGUUUCUAUUAGAGCAAAAAAUUCAGUUCAGGAUGCUUUCCAAGUGACUGUUCGUCAAACUAUCUCACCAUCUCGCUUGGAGCUCCUAGCCUGUUUUUUGAAUUUGUUUAUCUUGAGUGGUGUGUCAUUUACUGCACAAGCGUGGGAGGCGGGUUAUACAGCAGUUUCACUACUGGACGCUUUGGCGAAUGGGCUAGAGGGUAUGUGGAAGCGCCAAAGCAAAUGUUUGUCGCCACCUUGGCCCGUAUCUCCUAUAAGGGGACCUGAGGAUUCUUCUAGACCGCUGCAAGAGUGCGUCUCACCGGAAGAUCUAUGGUUCGGGCCCUUGGACGAAGUUCCUUCGAGUAUCGAUAUAGACUCCAUAGAACGUCGUGAGACCAUAUUAAGAACGAUUCGAUCGUUUCGCAUCAGCUCUGUGGAUCUUUGGCUAGAGUGCCUUUUCGACGUUACACGGUACCCAUCUAUGACUCAACUUCAAAUGGCGAGAGGGCUCGUUAUGGUGUGCAAAAAUGAGCUAAAACACGCCCGCACAUUUUCCCUCUCUAAGCUUUUUGAUUUUGUAACGGUCUGCGCUUCGUUUACUACACGUUUGCAGUGGCGAGAACUAUGGUCGAAUGCGAGCGAGGUCUUUGUGUUGGCUGGAAGGAUGCAUGCAAAUAUAGCUAAUUUGUCUCUAGACGGCUUACGAAUUAUCGCCUUAACAUACUUAAGGCACGAGGAACUUCUCAAUUAUUCCUUUCAAAAGGAGGUUCUCAUGCCUUUUGAGAAUAUUCUGAUGAAUAAUCAUGAUCAUGUUAUCCGUAAGCGUGUUAUUACGAUCAUGUCAGAACUAAUCGAUUUUCUUGCAAAGCACCUGGCGAGUGGCUGGAACGUUGUUUUUUCAUGUUUGAGCCGUACCGCUGUUAUACCAGAAGUCACUGAGUUAGCUUGGGAGGUCUGCGAGAGUAUCAUAAGCCGACAUUUGAACUAUGUCAAGGACUGUUUCAGUGAUCUCAUAUUUUGUCUUACUACUUUUGCUUGUGUUGGUAACACAAACGAAAAGAUACCCUUACAGGCUAUUUCGUACUUGGUAGCUUGCGGGCGUUGGCUGCAGUACGGUCUUGAGUCCCCGCCGAUUGGGUUCUAUGAGCCAGAAGAUAUAUUGCACUGGGCGUGUCACUUUCCUGAUGCUAAGGUGUCACAAAAUCUCUCCAAACCAUUUGUCCGUGUUUUUCUCUCUCCUGAGUCUCUCAACGCCACGAGAUUGCUUGAGAAACCGAAUUCAUGCGUGGGGAAGAGUAACUAUCACCUCUGGAUGUCGUUGUUUGAAGGUUUAAUACCGAUUGUGGUAAUGCACAACUCAGUGCGUGUGCGAUGCCAUGCUAUCAGCUCCAUAUGGAUUUUGUUAAAGCAUUACGCUGUUUUCUUCUCAAAAGAUAUUCAAGAAUCAUUAUUUAGCGUCAUGCUGCGCCCUAUACUCUCAACCCUCAUUGCACAUAAAACGAAACCAUGUAAAACCAGUUUAAACCAAGCUGACUAUCACAUGUUGGUUUACCUUUCGCUACACAAAAUGCUAUAUGCAUGCAGUGUGGACCAGCAUCUUCUCAAGUUGAGUUGGGACACUCUGUUUGAGUUGAUGAGGAGUGUCACAUGGCAACGAGUAGAGCUACUGGAGAGCAAUCUUGCUGAUGUAUUUGUGAGGGUAUGUUGUGACUUUCUUGGAGCAAUAUGUUUCCCAAAGCUUUCAGAAGAGCUCAGACCAUCGAUAUCAGUUUUAUUCAAUAACCCGAAUAUAACCUUUCCGGAUUCUAGUGCUCAUUCUAGCAUCACUUUACGAGCUACCUUGAUGACGCACGCACAAGGGUAUGUUGAAGGUUCAGAGAGUUGUCGAAUGACUAAUCCUUUUAUUCUAGCUCUGGUGCACCAACUGCAAAGGAUCGGUACCGUUGAUGUUGUUUGGUCUAAACGGACCGCGACAUGGGCUGAGCUCCAUAUGUCGUCGGAGCCCACAACAUCUGGUAUUCUGUUUGACCCAUCUAUGCAUACUGAUGCCUCCUUCAAACUUGUGUGCGAGAUGUCUCUACGUUGCCUAUAUCAGGGACUAAUACUUCCUCUUCGUAAUGCUGAAAAAGGUUACUGUACGCAAGAUGGUGAAAGCUGUUUUCUCCUCGCUCGAGCUAUGCGACACGCCAUGCUGGGGAUGAGCCUUUACUGCAUUACCACAAAGGACAUGAGUGGGGUGCAGAAACUGCUGGACAUAGUAGAGUUGAAGCCGUCAGAGAAUGAUGGAGCAUCGUUACUAGCACACCUUCUCAAUAUUCCAUACUUAUUCCUACUGAUAGAGUUUAUUUUUACAUACCACCCGAGUAUCUCAGAGGAAGGCAUAAAUUUGUUGAGAGAUAAGUAUACUUUUUUCACCACACAGCUUUCUCAAGCUCGAGAACAUUGCCUUGAGCAAGAGACUUUGCUAUCGGAAAAGCUUAAGCAAGAUGUGACUGAUAAAGAUUUGGAAUCGAAGACCCACACAGGAAACAACUUCAAAGACAUAUUUCGAAGCGUCUGUAUGCCAAUUUAUUCUCCGCAGACAUACUAUCGUCCUGACGUUGGUCUGGAAACUCGGCGACACAUUUAUUAUGAGUGGAAAUAUUUAUGCUGUGUUCUCGCUUUUCGUUGCACACUGAGCUCACCUUUUACAUCUGUACUUGCAUCGAAUAUUUCAUCACCAUGUUUGCUAGAAUUAGUGACGAAAUUACCCAGCUCCAUUGAGGAAAGCACCAUAGAUGAGUUUAUGAAAAGUAUUUGGAAGGAGCUAGGUCUUCAUUACGACAUACCGAAUGGUGCAACAAUCGAAGCUUGCGCUAAAUUACUUUAUGAUCGCAUACACGAGACUUCUCCAUUUUCCUAG